GCUUCCAGGGAACCUGGACCGGCCCCCUGACCGUUAUAAAAGCAGGCACCUCAGCUCACAGAACUCAGAGUCAUCUCUCCUCAGACACACUGAGACUGACACAGAAAAAAAACAAAGAAUCCUCCAGAGAUUAUCGUGCAGACCACUUAAAAUGGAGUUCCACUUUGGAUAUAAGAGCUCUGCCUCACGGAUCAGCCUGACCUUCUUAUGUUCAAUGCUGUGCAUGUGGACUAGUGUAGAGUGCUGGUCUUACUACUACUCAAAUACCACUAUGACUUGGCAAGAUGCUAGAGCCUGGUGCAAGCAGCACUACACCGACAUGGUGGCAAUCCAGAACCAGGAGGAGAUUAAGCAUCUUAACGAAUGGCUGCCCAGGAAAGACACAUACUACUGGAUUGGGAUCCGCAAAAUCAAUGAUGUUUGGACCUGGAUAGGCACCAACAAGUCCCUCACACCAGAAGCAACUAACUGGGCAAAAGGUGAACCAAACAAUGGCAAAGCAGGGUCAAGUUCAGGAACAAAUGAGGACUGUGUGGAGAUGUACGUGAAAAGGCACCAGUCCCCAGGCAAGUGGAAUGAUGAGAGGUGCGAGAAAAAGAAGACUGCUCUAUGCUACACAGCUGCUUGUAAGACUGACUCCUGCCUCCAUGGAGAAUGUGUCGAAACCAUCAACAGCCACAAAUGUCAAUGCUUCGAAGGCUUUCGAGGAGACAAGUGUGAAGAGAUUGUUAAGUGUGACGAUGACAAGGUGACCAUCCCAAAUAAUGGAAGUGUAAACUGCACUCACAAGUACAAAGAUUUCUCCUACGACUCCUCUUGCAAGUAUUCCUGUGACGAGGGAUACCAGCUGAGUAUGCCAAGACCUCUGAGAUGCACCGCCACAGGGAGCUGGUCAGAGCAGCCUCCUAAGUGUGAACUGGUUCGUUGUCAGGAGCUCUCUCACCCUGAAAGAGGAUCCAUGGUCUGCUCUGACCCCCUGGGCCCCUACAGUUACCAGUCCACCUGCGACUUUACCUGUGAUGAAGGCUAUGUGCUGACUGGUUCCCCAUCAAACACUCUGCAGUGUGAGGCGUCAGGAAGGUGGAAUGGCUCACAGCCAACUUGUGUUGCCGUCCAGUGCCCUGCUCUCGGGGACCUAGAGAAGGGCUCUGUUAGCUGUGGAGAUGCGACCGAUACAAGGUUCAGCUUUGGAAACACCUGCAGCUUCACUUGUAACCCCGGCUACCACCUGGUGGGGCAGAGCAACGUGACAUGCACAUCUGCAGCUGAGUGGAGUGAACAGAUGCCUCAGUGUGAAGAGAUCACUUGCCAGAAUCCGGAGGGAUCUCGCCUCAUCACACAGUGCAGCAAACCUUUGUCUGAACUGAGGCCAAACUCUACCUGCAGCUUCAGCUGUGAACCAGGCUUUGAAUUGAAGGGAGCGCACACCACUAAGUGUUCAGAGCAUGGACUGUGGAGCUCAGCCAUACCUACUUGCAAAGCACGACAAUGUCCGGCUCCAGAGCUCUCAACCAGCAUUCGGAUGAACUGCAGCCCUCUGACUCCAUCCGUUUCACUCAGCAACACCCACCCAGUUGGCGUCAUCUGCACUUUUAGCUGUGAUGAAGGCCAUGAGCUGCAAGGCGAAUCCAGCAUGGAAUGUUCUCUCCAAGGCCAAUGGAGCAUCACACCACCAACCUGCACAGCUGUAAGAUGUCUGGCGCUUGAGUCUCCGGAAAACGGUCAUGUGAACUGUUCAAACAGUGAGCCAGUUUACAACACACAGUGCUCCUUCACAUGUGAUCAAGAUUUCUCCUUAGAGGGACAUGAGCUGCUGACUUGUGAUCAUCAUGGCAACUGGACAGGCGAAAAGCCCACCUGUCAAGCUCCCUCAGCUCCAGUUGCUGCUGUUGCCUCUGGUGUGGCAGCAGGGGGCACUGCCUUAUUAUCUGGCAUCUCUCUGGCUUUGUGGAUCUUGAAACGACUGAAGCAGAGGGGAAGCAAGUUUGAGCUGAACAGCAACUCCGACAUAGAUCCACCCCCACAGGUCUACAAAAACAGCAUCGACAGCCUCAUUUAAAUUGCAUUCUUACAAGGACAGCAUUGUAAACAUAACUACAUAUUCAUCAUAGUAAUGUGAAUAUUUUUUACCAUUAGCAUGAAAUGUGUUAGCAGGUAAAACCAUUUUGUCAGAGCAGUCAUUUGUGAGGAAGUUUUCUUUAGACUUUUGCAUGAACAUAAGAUCCAUGGUUGCUCUGUAAAGUUGUUCAGACAUGUAUUUCCUCCCCAGGGGAGUUUUAAAUGGAACACAUUGUUCUAAAUUGUGCUGGAAAUGUGGCUCUAUUCUUGUCACUGUAAACGAUAAAUAGCAUUGAGGGUGGAUUGUCAUGUCACUGCGGAACUGUGAAUACGUUCACUAUAUUGAUCACAGUAUUUAUGUGCUAUUUAUUUAAUAUGCCUAUUCCAUAAGAAAUGUUACAGAUAUCUCUAUGUCUAAAGCAGCACCGACUUUUACUGAACUUGUAACAACUCAACCUAUCAUGUUUUAUAUCUGAAUCUGUCCAUGUUUGUUCUGGUAUUUGCACAAACCAAAUAAACUCUGUUAAAUAAAAACUGUAAUAUCCUG